AUGGCGACCAUGUCCUUCUUCGAACAGCUGCAACGCGUUCACCGCCACAAUGUCACGACGCUGCGCCAAUCCCCAGUGGCCGAGAUCUCAGGCGCCUUGGGAGAUCUCGGCACCCUGCUGCCCUUGAUGAUCGCGCUCGCCAUCCAGGAGGACAUUUGCCUGGACAGCACCCUGGUCUUCUCGGGACUCUUUAACGUGGCCACUGGUGUCAUAUUCGGCAUCCCGCUCCCUGUUCAACCUAUGAAGGCCAUCGCCGCUGCAGCCAUUGCCCGACCGAACACCGGUUUUGAGGAUGUGAUCUAUGCAGGGCAAUGGGUUGGCCUCGCCGUUCUCUUGAUGAGCUUGACCGGCUUCCUCCAGCGAUUCAGCGCCGCGGUGCCCAUACCCAUAGUCAAGGGCAUUCAGUUGGGCGCCGGUCUCUCUCUUGUCAUGGCAGCUGGCUCCAAAAUUGCGGGUUCCCAUGACAGAACCCCUCUUCUGGAUUAUGCCGCCUUCGUGGCGCUCGUCGCUACACAGACUAUGCCGCGAUUUCCAUACGCCCUGUGUAUGUUCGUGCUGUGCGUCGCAAUGGCCCUGGCUUCGGUCGUCCAUUCGGGGGGCUGGGCAGCUUUGCCAGGUCUGCGACUCUGGGAACCUCGUUACGUUCUCGGGUUUUAUGAUCCUACCAGGUCAACAGAGGCCAUGGCCAUGGCCCUCGGCCAACUGCCCUUGACCACCCUCAACUCGGUUAUUGCCGUCAGCGCUCUCGCGACCGAUCUGCUGCCGAAUAUGCCUACACCUUCCGUCACGUCCAUGGGCAUAAGCGUGGGUCUCAUGAAUCUGACGGGCAGCUGGUUUGGGGCCAUGCCUGUCUGUCACGGCGCUGGUGGACUAGCAGCUCAAUACAGAUUCGGGGCCCGCAGCGGUGCCAGCGUCGUCAUGCUAGGUCUGUUCAAGCUGUUACUCGGACUCUUCUUCGGCCGCAGUCUCAUCAACCUGCUGGCUGAGUACCCUCAGAGUCUUCUUGGCAUCAUGGUCAUCGCAGCUGGGCUGGAGCUUGUCAAGGUCGGGUAUUCGCUCAAUCAUGGGGCGCCGGAUCUCUGGGAGAACUCGAUACAGCAAUCUCAAGAAGGACCGACUAAGACGAAGGAGCUGGUCUGUUGCCGUCCGCGCAGAGCAGCGAUGACUUCGUCCCAAGCCGGCCAAAGCGGCCAGGCGCCCGAGCUACCGAUGCCCAUCCCGACGACACCACCGCCAAAGUCCAAGCCCGUCACGCCAAUGCCUGCGACUGCUGCGCCAGCGACACCCACCGCCGCCGCGACGACAACGACUACUCCACCACCGCCUCUACCGAGCGAUCAACCGUCGGCAACCGUACCCGCUGGUUCAUUCGCGGCGUCCGACAUGGCUUCUGUCGACGUCUCGGUGCCCACGGCUGGCCAUCCCAUGGACAGCCUUGUCGAGGGGGUCACCUCCGAAUCCCUCGACACCGAUAUGCCUGAUGCCCAGCCAUCACUGGACCAGCAACAGACGCAACAACAGAACAGCCAAGGCCUCCAGAACAAUCGCCAUCGAUCACAAUCUCACACCCGUUCCUCCAACCUCAGCCCCUUCGAUGUCCCCUUCCCGCGCACGCCCAUCUCCGCCCUUGAUGCCAACGCGUACAUGGCCAUGGCCCUCGCGCAAAUGGCCGGCGAUUCAAUGAUGCAGCAUCAGAUGGCCCAGCCACCCUCGACAGUCACCCCGGCUCAGGUCACACUCCCCAGCAAUCUCACCAACGGCGCCGACGGCGUGACCGCCAGGGCUAGUAACCUGCCGGAUGCCGGCGAAGGCCUCGAAUCCUUCGCACGAAUAGAAUUCGCCGACAGUGUCUUCCAGAUGACGACUUACGCCGUCAUAAUCGGACGCGACCAACGUGCCCUCGAGCAAGCCAGGAGAGAUGAGCGGCGCGCCGAAGAACACAGGCGGAGGGCGGCGGAGAACGAACGGCUAGGCCUGCCUCCACCAUCACCCGUAAGGCAUGACAGAGGCAAAUUCAGCAAAUCCUACGUCAGUGAGGAAGGUGGUAUGCUGGGACCUGAGUCCGAUAGUGACGAGACUGGUCGGCCCAAGAAACGACGAAAGACCAGCACCAAUGACGAGCCGGAGCACCAAGAGGCGGAUCAAUCGCAGGAGAACUUGAUUUCAAAUCGCCAGUACAUCUCGCAUACUCCUGGUGCUGCUGCUGUCGACCUUGCAUCAUUACGACCGUCUCCCUACCACGUGCCCAUCAUUGGCAUUCACUCUCCAGGACCCGACAUCGCCAGCAAAACAAAGGCAAUCUCCAGGGAGCAUGUUCGCAUCCAGUUCAAUCAGAAAGAAAGUGUUUUUGAAGCAAUACCGCUACACAAGAACGGCUUCUUCGUCGGAGACGUCCUGCACAAAGAAGGCACAGUCGUCCUCCGAAGUGGCGAUACUCUUCAGAUCAAAGACGUCGACUUUCGCUUCCUUAUCAACGGCGUUCCUGAGGGCAAGACCGGCGCGGAAGAAGAGGUUGAAGAGGAACGCAUGAAGAAGAAGCGAUACUCUGAAGGCGGCAAAGAGAUGAGCUUUGAGUUUGAGGCAUCACAUGGAAACGGCCAGCUGCAAGACACAAGUGACUCGUCAUCCGUCCUCAGCCCUCCCGCACCAUCCGAUGACGAGGAUUCCGAGGCCGAGGCGGGCGAUGCAAGACCGCCCAAAUCCGCGGUCGACACGACAGCUGAGGUCGAUUUGGAGGCGAUGGAUGCCGAUGCAGACGCAGAUGCAGAUGCCGAUAUGGACGCCCCUGCUGAGCCGGAACAUGUACAAGUGAAGGGCGAGCUCGGGAUGGACCCUCAGCCGGAGAUGUUGCUCCCACCGAUACCAAAGAAGCGCGGCCCUGGCCGUCCGCCAAAGAAUGGCAUCAUGUCUAAGAGAGAACAGCGACUUCUCAAGAAGCAAGCACAGGAGAUGGCAAGAAAGACACUGCCACAGCCUCCACCUGGCGAGCCACCGAUCAAGCGAAAGGUCGGGAGACCUAGGAAGCAUCCUUUGCCUGAAGAUGGCGGCGACCGUCCUGAGAAGCGCAAGUACAAGCCAAGGAAACCCAAAGAAGAAGGAGGGGAAGGGUCCGAUGCAGAGAGACGUGCCAAGGAGAAGAAGGACAAGAAAGUGCGGCCCAAGUCACCCCCCCUUGAGCUCAAGAUUGAGGAUUACACAGAGGAACAGCUGCAGAAGCCCAACAAGAAUUACGGCGUUCUCAUCGACGAGACGUUGACAGCUGCCCACGCCGAGGGCCGUGCCGAGGGUCUUACGCUGAAGCAGAUCUAUAAGCGCAUUACGCUCAAAUAUCCCUGGUUCUACUUCCAUACCGAAACCAAGGGCUGGGAGUCCAGCGUGCGACACAACCUAAUUGGGAACGAGGCUUUCAAGAAAGACGAUACGACAGGCCUCUGGUCAAGAGUUCCAGGGGUCGAGCUUGAUGCCGGCAAGAAGCGUAAGGCUACCUCGCCCGACCGCACCCUCGCGCCCGGCUACGGGCCGUACGCGCACCCAAUGUACCCACCAUAUACAGCGGCAGCUCCUCAUAUGGCGCCGGCAGCGCCUGGAGCACCAACAUAUCAGCAUCAACCCCAAGCCUAUCACCCUCAAACUUACAAUGCCCAACAACCACAACCCGCCAGGCCUCCCCAGUAUUCCCCACCAGGAUCUGUGCCGGUAGCCAGCCAAGCACCCCAGCCCGUUGCAGCACAGCCAGUCGCGCCAGCACAACUCCCUGGCUACGGCCCUGCUCCCGCCGGGGUUGCCCAAACCUCAACGUACAGCUCGCCGUACGCAUCAAGACCUCCGCCGGCCAACCCAGCAGUCAAGACCGAAGACGGCACCGCUCAGGUGCAUGGCCCCCCGGCAGCACAGCCGCCAGCGCUGGCCCUUCCCGGAGUCCCGAUUCAGCCACAACCUGCUACCAACCCGCAAGCCGCGUCUUCAGCGCAGCGAGUAACUCAGACACCACCGCUACAAAGCCAGCAGCGGCACGUCAUCGAGCCUAGGCUCUUCCGCUCCGUCUUAGGCCUCAAGAAUGGCUUGGUCGAGAACAUGAAAAAGGCAAAGAGCCCAAAGGGCGAGGCUAUUGUCAUGUCGGCACUCAACCGUUGCCUGGGUCUGAAAGCAGCAGCAACGGAAAACCCCGCGCUGGAAGACAUUUGUAUGCGAGGCAUACAGAAGGUCUUAGACGGCUACUCUGGUCAGAGCAAGAGUCCCACGCCUGGGGAACCCGCUACGGCCAAGGCAAACGGACCAGGUUCGGUGUUUGACCCCAAGGUCUUUGCCGCCCUCGUGGGCUUCAAGAAUGUCUCAACCAAUGCGCUCAAGGCAACCGUGGGCGAGAGUGUCGCUGAAGCCGUCGCGCUGUCGGCAAUUGACCGGGUCCUUGGCCUAGCGGAAGCCAGUAUUGUGCCACCCAAGGCACCUCCCCGUGAUGGCAGCCCGCCAGAGGCUAGCAAGCAGUCUAGCUAUGAGGUGAUCGAGACUCGUUUGAUGGCGAACGUGCGGCAGAUGCUGCUUGGUCUGAACCAGAAGUUACAUGGAGCAUGA